AUGUUUAUCCCGUCUCUGCGCCGUUGUGCGCCAGGGUUCUGGAGCAAGACAAACCAGGAGUUUCAAAGGGCAACCAAAUUCACUCUGAACCUCGAAGGACUGCAAUUACCAGUCGCGCCCUACCCGAUAUUCGAUUUCGCAGAUCCAGAUACCAUAACUACACUGAAGGCGAUGUCUGAUCGAACAGUGGGAGGAAUUUCGACGGCAGACAUAAUACAGCAGCCUGCUGAUCACUCUUCGAACCCUCAAACACCUGCGCACAUCCUCUUCCGCGGAAACAUCUCUACAAGACUUCCUGCGGAUCGACCAGACAUCCAGAGAACAGGGUAUGCAGCGUGGCGGAACAUAGACCGAGGGCGAACGCUGUUCGGAGAGUUAUUCUGGGAUGUGGAUACUUAUAUGUACCUUGCACUACGAGUAAAGAGUGACGGGAGAAAAUACUUUGUCAACAUCCAAACCGACUCCCUAGUGGAGUCGGACAUACAUCAACAUCGAUUGUACACGAAAUAUCACAAGGGGGCAAAUGGGCCCAAUGACCCUGGGCAAUGGGAGACAGUUUGGAUUCGAUUGCACGAAUUCGUUCGGACAAACCACGGUGUUGUCACUGAGCCACAGUCAGAGAUGCUACGACAGAAGGUGAAGAGCUUUGGAAUUGGACUCACAGAUCGAAAGGCCGGACCAUUCGAAUUAGGGAUUGCUGCUAUGUGGGCUACCAAUUUGAAUGAGCGUGGGCAGGUUGAUGGGCGCACUGGCUGGGAAGAAGGUGAUCAGGGCAGCGCACGGUUGAGCGAAGUCACGGAGGAGAAGCUCGCAAGGAAAGAGGAGGAAAAGAGAAAAUUACCGCAGCAGAAAAAGAGCUUCCGAGAACGAGUGCCACAUUUUGGCAAAGUUGGGACUCAAGAUUAUUCUGGUGUACGAUAA